GGCUGUUGGAGGCGCUGUUUCAUUGUACCAUUCAUUGAACGCGAACCAUAGUCUAGCACCGAAAGUGAUUUCAGUUGUUGUGGGACGGAAAAUACUUGUGUGGUCUGGCCACUUCUUUUGAACUCAGGAAAUCUUGACUCUUCACCAUGGCCCUUGCCCUGACGAGGGAGAAGAGAGCCAAUGCGGGCAACCGCAUGUCUCGGAUGUUGCAAGAGGAGGAGCAAGACGAGUUCUACGCUACGACCUACGGUGGAUUUGAAGAGCAAUCUGGAGAUGAGGAAUAUUCCAGUGAAGAAAGUGAAUCGGACGCCACCGACAGCGACAUCAGCGAUUCUGAGGAUGACGAACCGGUCAGCGAGGAUGAGGGCAACGAGAAGAAGAGACAGCGACGAACCGUUACCAAAGCAUACAAGGAACCUGUCACAAAGCCCACCGCCAAGAAACCCAGCCAACCGCGUCCAAGUGUCACCACUUCCAAGCCCAAGGAAAAAGAGAAAGCAACCAAGCCGCCCCCUGCGGCAUCCCAAACCGAGUCAAAUGCCAAAGAUGAAGGCAGCUUGCGUAAGUCAAGCCGAAGGUCAACCGUUCUGAAGGGCACUGAGUUUCAGAUCCGGUUGAAGGAAAGGGAGGAGCGUGCAGAAAUCAAUCGCUUAUCGAUUGCCAAUCGCUACAAGCCUGAGGUGCGGAGAUUGACACAGGAAGAGCUGCUUGAGGAGGCAGCGUUGACAGAGGAGAAGAACCUGAUAUCAUUACAAAUGUACAACAAACUUGAAGCUGAAAAGAAAAAGACCAAGUUUCACAAGAAGGCCUUCAAAGGGCCGUUCAUCCGCUUCCACUCCAUGACAAUGCCAGAUGUUGUCAAGGAUAAAGUCCCCAAGAGUAGAAGUCCCGGAGAAGAGAAUGCUGUAGAAAGCAGCCAAAAUGACACACAGCCGCUCCAACCCACCCAGCGCUGCUCACGGAACUUCAUUACCUUCAGCGAAGAGGCCAGCUUCAAGGAGUGCUUCCCCAAGACCAAGAGCCGCCCUCCCACCAAACCCCUCUGCCCGGUCACACGGCAACGGGCCAUGUACCUGGACCCCAUCACAAACAUUCCCUACGCCAACAAGGAGGCCUUCAAGAUCAUCCGGGAUGCCUACGAGAGCGAGCUGGAGUCACAGAGCGACAGCAAGAAGCGGAAAGUCCAGAAGUGAAUUGAUUGGAACCUCCUGCAAAAUGUUUUGUCUUGUAGAGGUUCAAGCCUAUGACCUGUGACUUACCAUGAGGAAUCAGCAAAGUGGUCAUCACUUUUGACAUCAUUAUGAAUGAAUGCAUCAGUCUGGUACAUAACGAGUCAGUAGCCAGAUGUGGCUUCACACUGCCUUCAGACAGAUACAGCAGCUUUCAUAAACUGAUUUGCUUUAGUGAUCAGUGGGCUUUCUGUGUCUGUAAACCCCCACAUGCAGUGUUGAUGGUCAGGUGUGAUAGACCAGCAUAGGUGCUUUCAUCACCCAUCGCACAGCCUUCAACAUUUUUGUGCAUAUCCAUGACCUCUGACGCAUCAGAAAGUUUUUGCCAAACCUGUAUAAAAGGAAUCAUGAGAUGUAUUUUUUUUGCGUUGGGGAGAUGUUAAUUUUAUAUAACAGGUUUGCCCUUA